AUGAUUUUGUUUUCAUUCAAUUUAUGGGAAUGGUUAUUUAAUUGGUGUAGUUCAGCUCUUGAGUAUGGAAAAGCUUUUAAAGUAAAUAAUAUUAUAUUAAAAAAUUGGGGUCAAUUCAGGUUGUGCAAUCACAGUUUUAUGACAUUGGACAAGGGAGAAAUGAAGGCAAAGCAAGAUGAUGCACCUUCCAUAAAACAUUUCCAUAUCCGAAACACCAAAGGUUUGUUUUCAUGUCUUUCUUUGGACAACUUUCCACCAGCAAUUAGCUUUGGCUAA